AUGGGUAGCGUUUCUUCGCAUUCGACUUAAGAUGAGAAUGGCAACCUGAGCAGUCUUCCAAUGCAUUUAAGAAAAAUGGAACUGAAAUUUGACAUCUCAAGAGAGGUGGAUCCAGCAUUAAAAUAGUUGCUAUAUUGUAUUUAAUUGUAUGCAUACAGGGUCAUUAUCUGAAAUCCGAGCUGUUUAUGAAUAGUUUUAACGUAGGACAUCACUUCCCUUCAUAGAUAAAAGUUUAUUCUGCAAAAUAGUUCCAUUUUCUCGACCUAAUGCAGGAUACAUAUUUGAUAACUUUUGCAGAAAAUCAAAACUCUUAUCAAUUUAUGAACUCAUUUGUGUUUUAACUAUAUGUUCAUAUACUUAGCAUAUUCACAAAAUUCAUUGUAAAAAAAACUCAUUAUAUACUAGUUUUAUAUAUUGUUUUUGAUUUGGAUUGUAAUGGGAACAUCAGUUUAAAUGAGCUCCUCAUAAUUAUCAAAUCAAUCAUAAUAGGAUAUUGUAAAUUAACUAAUGCCGAAUUGCCUCCUUAUGUGUAAUUGGAAAAGUUUGCAAAAUUGAUGUUUUUGAAGAGUGACAUUCAAGUUGAUAAUUAACUGGAGUUGAGCGAGUAAAUUUUAGAUUUACAUUUAGAAUCAUCGAAUGGUUAGAAAAAGAGAAUGAUAUUGGCAAAGAUUUAUUUACAUUGUAUGAACCAAAGCAGAAAGUCUAAGAGCCUUUUGAAGUGUUUAAAUCCUUUAAGCCUUAUAGCGAAUAAGAAGCUGCAGAAAUGUUAGAAAUGAUAACAAAAGCAAAUAAGAAUGAAUACUUUAUGAAGAGUCUCAAUGAAAAAUUAAACUAAAAAUAUUAGGAGAGCUAUAAGGCUACUACUAAAAGUGUUAGAUAACUCUAAAUAAGAUCAAAAUAGUCGGCUUCUCACAGUUCUCUACCCAAAAUUGCUACUUAAGCAAAACCUCAAAUUUUAGAUGAUGACAUUGAUGAAUUACAAAUUUUAGAAAAAGCUAUUGGAGAUCAUUCUCGGAAAAUCUAAAGAUAUGAUUCUCCCACUAUUAGAUUUGUUACCUAACGUGAUGGCACUUCCAGAAGAGUCAUUGUGCCUAAUAAGAUCAUGAAGAAUAUUAUCAUUACAAAAGGGUGUACCUUAACUAGAAAUGAGAUAUUUAAAUUAAAGAGUUAUUUUGAUAGUCUUUCAGAUAAAAAUUAAGUUAUUUAAGUUAAAGAAUUCACUAAGUCUUUUCAAAACAAACCACACAUGAAAAGAGUUACUGCAAGUUUAUAUAAUUAUUUAGAUUCUAAACAAAGAGGAUUCGUUACUUUUGAUGAAUUAAUGUUAAAAUUGUAUCCUUCACUGACAUAAGAAUAAUUGAAAAUCAUAAAUUAAUGGAUUCAAUAAUAUAAUGAAGUUUUUGCUAAAAGUUCGAAAGAAAGUUUGGAAAUGGAAUUUCUAAGAGUAGAAAAACAGCCAGCUAAAAGAAAAAGAAUUCUACCAAAACAAAGUAUGAUCAGAGUUAAAUAACUAUUUAAUUUAAUAGAUUAGGAUGGAAAAGGAUGUAACUCUACAAAUUUAAUAUAUUAGAUAUAUCUAUUGAAGAUAUGAAGAAGACAUUCACAUAUGGGUUUACAGAAAAGGAAGUUGAGAAUCUAUUCUAAUAGCAUGACAACGAUAAAGAUGGAAGACUUAGUAUGGAUGAUUUAGUCAGAAUCAUUUUACCUCCUGAUUAUGAAAUAGAAGAAGAAACUGAAGAUAAUUCUUGA